GUUCUAGGAGCAAUUUUGAUCCUUGCUGGAACAAUUUGUGGAAUAAUCUCCGUACCAUCUCAUGAACAUUUCAAGUUUGUUCACAGUAUCUUUGGGUAUCUUCUGUUUGUCAUGGUAGUUCAACAGCCUUUCAAUGCAAUGCUGUGAGUCUUUCGAAACCUCUUUAAUCCUAUCUUGUGCUAUGUUUGCCUGUUGCUGGCUUUCAAUGAGCCCUAUCGUGCAGCAGAUGGUUGCCAACUGCCAGUUAGCCGAAAAUAUCGUUAAUUGGCAGCACUAGAUAAAUGAAAUGGAGUGAUAAUAUCCUUGUUCCUAUGCAUGAACAUCACGGCGUCUUGAACGGUCUAUGCCCGCGUAUAAGUAGUGAUAAGAACUAACAUCGAUCCUUUAAUAGGAAAUAUGCAACGACCUGAAUAAUUUAAGCAGAACUUCGAUAUUUUGUGACCAUUUCCGUCGGGAAAUUAGUAGUCAUGCAGCUAUACAUAUACUACUCGCAUCGUCUUAAGUUAGUAAGAACAGCAAAUGCAACGUCAGGACACUUGCAAUAAACUCAAACUAUAUCUCUCAAUUCUAUUUUUGCCUCCAAAUACAAGACUACUACAUAGAAGGCAGAUAAUUAGUAUUCUCCCUCUGUGGUAACUGUCAUUUGACAUCUGUACCGUUUAACGAACCGAAUAUUAGUGGGGAAAAAUGUUCAAAAUAUUUGUAACGAUUUUAGGCGACCACAACCUACGGAACAAGGCUUUAAUUGUGGCAGAGCGUUCUGGGAAGUUUGGCACAAGUGGUCAGGACGUCUGGUCUUACUUUGUGGAAUAAUUAACAUCACCCUAGGUCUGUUUUUGGCUGUUGCUCCGUCCUUGGUGUGGAUAUUAUGGUUGGCCUAUGUCGGCUUGUGGGUAGUGAUAUUUAUUGUGGCUGAAGUCGUCAAACGGCCGUUUGAGAAAGAGUUGCGAAGGCGGGCCAGGAAACCUAUGGUUUAUGAUACAACAAAUCCUUAUCGUAUUUCAAGAGGGCAAGUGAACACAGCAUUUUGA